GGCUCCUCAUUCCUCUCUUGGCGGUCCACCAGCGAGAGAUGUAGAGUCGGUCGAAAUGCCGCCGCCGUGGCUGCUUGUGUUGGCGACGCUCGUUGUCGCCCCGUCCGACGCCGCCAUCAACAAGUGCUGUCCCGCCGGUCAGCAGCUCCACCCUGAACUCAAGAGCUGCGUCUCGGCCGACGCCUCGGCCGAGUUCUUCGAGAGCCACCUUCUGCUCUUCGGCUCUCCUGGUGAGGGCCGCCAGUUCAACAUCCCCUGUCCGACCGAGGAGUCGGACGCUUUGGUCCUCAACAGUGAUGACAUGAACUUCCGGCUGGAGAACGAGACGCUCGAACUGGUGCCUUACAUUGUUAAGGGAGUGGAAAAGUUUGCGCCCGAACACUUCUGCCUUGAUCAAGUGCGCGCGGUGAACAAUGACAAGCUCUGGAUUGCAUUUACAUGUCCCUGUGUGGCCGGGGUGUGCGUUCGAACGUGCUGCGGACGAGGAAUGGUGAUCAGGAAGAGCGGACAUGACAACUCGACAUUAGAAUGUACAAAAGCGACUUAUGAAGAGUGGAAACACUGGAGUCCAUUAGACGUGGCCGAAAAAAGCGCGACUGGAUAUUUCCCAUUGGAAUUGCUGCCCCGGUGCGAAGCUGGCCAACAGUUUGUCAAAUCUCAACUCCACUCCCUCUCCAUUACUUCAGAUGGAAAUGCACUUUUGAAAUACGAAGACGACAUUGAAGAUGUCCUGAAUUCAGAGACGUUGGACGCGACCGCAUGUUUGGGUCUGUACGAAAUAGUGGACAAGGACGGCGUGAGCAACAUCACGCAAAUUCUGCUCGAGUGCAGCUCGGACACUCACGUGCAGCCUCUGAAGACCUCGCGGGUCGUCAUUUACACAAUCCUCUUCCUGAUCGGGGCCGUUUUCCUGCUGGCCACGAUUGUGGUCCACCUCGCCGUCCCCGUGCUGACGAAAGGGGUGCGCGGCAAAGGGUUGGUGGCGCAUUGCGCCUUCAUGUUCAUCGCCCACAUCGCUCUGAUCGUCGUGCAACUCGAAGGAAGCACUUUGCCCGACUACCCGUGCCACGCUCUAGCUUACUUGAUCCAGUUCACGCUGCUCGCCGGCUUCUUCUGGCUCAACGUAAUGUGCUUUGACAUCUCAAUGACUUUCAGAUCUCUGCAGAGCAUGGUACCCCGUGGGACGUUGUCCGAGCGAAGGCAAUUCGUUUGGUACACGGUCUACGCCCUUGGCAUCCCGUUCCUCAUAUUUGUCGUGACCGUCGCUCUGAAUCAAGCGUACCGCAACAAGCCUGGCUACGACUCUUGGCUGCCUGACCCCACAAUUGGCGUCAGAUCAUGCUGGUUUGACCAAGACAAAGACGGAAUUUUGAUUUUCUUCUACGGCCCCAUCGGAAUACUACUGCUGAUCAACAUGUUGUUGUUUUUGUUCACCACGUACAAAAUUUGGAAAUUGUCGCACGCCGCCAACAUGAUCAACCAGAACGACAACAGCCAACGGCACAACUCGGAGCACAAGAGAACUCUGUCUUCGAAACGCAGAUUUGUCCUGUUCCUCAAACUGUUUGGCUUGAUGGGCAUACCGUGGGUGUUUGAAAUCAUCUCUUGGAAGGCCAAGGGCGCCGAAGAGUACUGGUACUUCACUGACGCCAUCAACAUCCUCCGCUCCGUGUUUAUCUUUACCACUUUUUGUUGGAAAAGAAAGGUCUGGCGACUGCUAUGUGAAAAGUACCCCAAGUUGAAGGAAUUAUCGCUGAUAACCACGGCAAGCAACAACGCAACCGACUCGAGCAGAUCAAACCCAAAUGAAAGUUAUGCCGAAACGAUGAAUGGAGUCUCGAUGGAGACUCUGGCGGCGAUUGAUUUGCAGACUGCGCCUCGUAUACAGUGACGUCGAGUACUUUUCAAAUUGUAUCUCAAUCAAAAUAAAUUUAAAUAUCCUAUCUA